AUGUUCACCACCGAGCGAACCCUUCUCCGCGCGUACGGCCCUGCCGACCUCCCCCUCCUCCUUGGCUUCGUGAACAACCCUCUCGUCCAGAGCACUCUUAUCUCUGACCCCAUCGUUCCCCGCAACCACCGCUUCGCCGUCAAGCUUGAGGAGAUCGCCAACGAGGCCCUCCUCUACGUUAUCAUCGAGGCUACCGACAAGGAGGGUGGCCCUCAACCCAUCGGCGCUGCGUCGAUCACCGUCGCCAAUGUGAAGAACCGUGACGUCACCUUCGGCAUUGGCCUAGUGCCCUCUGCAUGGAAUAAGGGAUAUGGAACGGAGGUCACCAAGUUCUUGGUCGACUACGCGUUCAAGAACCUCGCUGUGCACCGGAUAUCCCUUGGAGUUUUGGACAGCAAUCCCGGAGCAAUUAAAUUGUACAAGAAAGUUGGAUUUGUCGAGGAGGGCAGGAAGCGCAAGGCCAACUUCUUCAACGGCGAGUGGCAGGACAGUAUCUACAUGGGUCUCCUGGAAGAGGAGUGGUUCGCUAAGACCAAGCAAGAAGCGAAGACGGAGGCAGCGUAA